ACACGGGAGGACGGCAGCGGGUUCACCUUCUUCAACCUGAUUCCUGUGGGGCUCCGAGUAGUCGCCAUACAGAGUACCACGUCCGGACAAUAUGUCGCCAUGAACGCCGAGGGCUACCUCUACAGCUCCGCUCACUUCACCGCCGAGUGCCGUUUCAAGGAGUGCGUCUUCGAGAACUACUACGUCACCUACUCCUCCACCUUGUACCGGCAGAGGGAAUCCGGGCGCUCCUGGUACCUGGGCAUCAACCGAGACGGACAGGUGAUGAAAGGCAACCGA